ACACGCGUUAUACGUGCGCUCUGUAUAGCAUUUGUUCGUGCAGUCACGGCCUUUGCGCCACGCCGUCAUGUCCUCGGUCGCCACCACCUGCGCCGCGAACGUCCUCGUCGCCGCCAAACGCAUCCAGACCAUUCGCAGGCACGCCAGCGACGUGACCAAAUGUUGUUUUUCGAAAAGAUAUCAUCUGGCCGUCGGGUCUAGUGAUCGGACGGUGAGCGUGUGGGAAUGGCGAUCCGGACGCGGUUUCGAGGAAAAAUCUUAUUCGCCGCUUACCCACCAUAAGUACAUGGUGACUGGCGUACAGUUUAACGGAGAUGCGACCAUAUUGGCCACGUCAUCUUUAGAUGGAAGCACUACGCUAUGCGAUGUCGAGACCGGACGAGUUGUGCACACUUUCGUUCAAAAUAGUUGCGGUGGUAUAAGAUCGUCGUGCUUCAUGGGAAAUCAUAAAUAUUUCGUGUCUGCUGGCGACGAUGGGACCAUGUGCGUGUGGGACAUGUUCAGACGAGUGCUGGUUAGGACGAUAACGGCGCACGAGGAGGCUAUCUCUAUGAUAUGUUGUUCUACAGACUCAAGAAUUAUGUUGACAGGUGAUACAACAGGGGUGGCCAAAGUGUGGCCAGUCGCUGAGCUGACCGAUACUCACGGAAAUAGUAUGCCUCUGUAUGUGUUGUUCGACUGUCAUGAUAUGGGCGUGAAUUCCGCCGACAUAUCAACUAUCACCACAAUAACAAAUAAGGGUAAGGUGUACAGUGCGCUGACGUGCGGUAACGACCACCUGGUGAAAAUCUGGAAACUGACUCUGUGGAAGAAAAACGCAGGUUCUCAUCAGUGUGCCGUCGAAAUGGUGCAGUCACUGAAAGGUCACUCUUCAACGGUGACCAGCGUGUGUUUUGACGGAGCUGAUGGUACGGUGUUUGCGUCCACGUCGAUGGACAAGACCACGAGGAUUUGGCAGAUGGUCGAGUCAAACAAUGCGGUUUGCUUACAAGUGUUGGAAGGACACACCCGUUACGUUAACACUUGUGGAUUCUCUCAAGACGGUUUACUGUUUGUGACUGGGUCCAACGACAAGUCUGUCAUUGUCUGGGACGUGAAAGGCGAUUUAGAUUUAAACGCCAAAUUACACGACUCGUCGGAGGACUUAAAGUCCGCAGUAAACAUAGUCAAGAGUGAAAAUAUUCAGGUAGAGGUGUCUCUGAGGGAAAAAUUAAACAUGUUUACGAAUGCGGUGAAUUCUUGUGACUUUAGCAGCGAAUGCAAAUAUCUCGUGGCGGCCGGCGGCGACAAAACCGUCAGGAUUUGGCAUUUUAGCGAAAACGGAGAUACUGAAGAAUGCAAAGGCUCACCGUUGCGCGCUCACCAUUAUUCGGUUCAACAGAUGGUCAUUUCUCCGUGCUCGUCGUACAUGGCCACCUGUUCGUUGGACGGAAUGACCGUUAUUUGGGAACUAAAUACUCUAGAACCGAGAGGUUCGUUACACACUGAGUACGGCGGGGCCCGAUCCUGUUCGUUUUCUGGAAAUUCCGAAUUGAUCGCAGUCGCUUGCAACAACGAAAUCGUAUACGUGUGGAAAGUGGAAACAUUACAGCUAGUCGCGAAGCUGUGCGGUAAUGACGAAGACGUCACUUGUGUUUCGUUCAGUCCUGAUUCUCGGUAUUUAAUGUCCGGAUGUGUGGAAGGGCACUUCCGAAUUUGGUCGGUGCAUCCGAAAAAGCACAUUAUAUCCGAGACGAGUACAAUCGUCCAAGACAAAGCGCACGAAAUUGGAAUAACAAGCGCCCAUUUUGCGUUCAAGAACCCGUCCAGAAAACCGCAAUCGAUGUUGAUGUUAACGGGUGGCAGUGAUGCCGUGGUAAAAGCCUGGAGGCUACUGGACGACCGAAUCGACUUCAAAAUGAAGUUCGUCGGCCACGGCAGUGACAUCACGUGCGUCAAGUUCCCACGGCACAUUACUACGUUCUUGGCGUCUACUUCGCUGGACAAGACAGCUCGGAUAUGGCAAACGAAAACUGGAGAUUGUCUGCAUGUCAUCGAUCCCAAAUGUGCCAUCCUCACUUGUUGCUCAUUUUCGCCAAAUAAUAAAAUACUAGCUACAGGGUCGCUGGACAAAGCACUGUAUCUGUGGAAUUUACCGUUGGACGACGAUGAUGUCACGUCAAUUAGGAAAUCGGCGUCAUUUGAAAAACACGGAGGGCGAUUAAACGGCAUGUCCGCAGAUGACGACAGACGAGACUUGGAAGUAGCACUGUCGAAGCUAUCGUCGUCGACUAACACACCCGACGAGUUCAUCUGUCCGAUAACGCAACAGAUCUUCAGAGAUCCCGUGAUAUGUUCAGACGGACAUACUUACGAUAGAUCGGCCAUGGUGUCAUGGUUCCGCCGAGGCAAAUUCAGUAGCCCAUUGACUAAUGAACCGCUACUGUCCAAGUCCAUGACGACAAACACCACCAUAAAGGAAGCAAUCUCAGUGUUUGUCCAACAAAAUCAAUGAACGCGAAGAACCACAGUACAAAUAGUUUUUAAAUUUAUCAAUACCAACUUAGUGUGUUUGAAUAAUGUCAUCAUCGUUCAUCAGCUAUAUUAAACAUGCACAUUUUGGAAAUAUAAUAUUUGUCUGAUAUGAAAAUGUUUUUGUAGCAAUUUGUAAUACCUAUUAUUAUUACAAUGGUUAUUUUAUGCACUUUUCAUUUUUUUUUUAACAUUUAUUGAAUUAAAAAUAUUUGUCAUUGCGUUUAAGAUAAUAUUUAUAAUAUGUUAUAAAUAAACUUGUCAGUUGUGGUCUAAAAGAAUGUAUAAACAAUAUCUUUAUAUUAUAGAUUUUUAAUGCAGUAUGUAUACAUCAUGAAUUAAUAGAUAUAAAAUAACUUUUAGUCAAUCAUACAAAUAAAUUACUUGAA